AUGGAUCAUGGACUGAAACGUGGCAAUAAUGAUGGCAGACAGUUUAAUAUUCGGGAUUGUAUUGAAAGAGGCCUCUUGCCUGAUAUUGCUGUCAGUGUGUCCACUUUAAAUACACAAAGAGAUUUCUCAAACGGACUGAGUUUUAGUGACAAUCACAGACAUCUUUCGAUGGUAGAGCCAUCCCCAAUAGGACAUACCAUCCAGGAACCAGAUGUUAAGAUAUUUAAACCCUUUAGAAUGCAGCACCAGCAAAAGGUAAAAGAGCCCCAUGGUCUCUGCGUUGGGGAGAACUUUUCUCUCUUGGACGAGAGCAUUGAGGACUUAAAUCGAAGUUCUGGCCUCCAUGUCCCUGACAAUUUCACAGUGAAAAUGGAGGAGUUUUCUCCUAUGGAUAAAGACUUUCCAUCCUUUGGCCACCAGGAUAAGGAUAUGGAUGGUAACGAUAGACUUACUGCAGACAACACCUUGGAUAUCCUUAAGGAUCUGGACUUUCCUGGCUCCCUAUCAGACCUGAAUGAGUACUAUGUUGCCGACGAGACUGCCUUUCUCUCGUCCCUGCAAGUGGAUGAUGCCCUGCUGAGAGAGAGCAACUUGCUGAAGGAGACCAGCCCUGUUGUCACUGGCAACAGUGCAACCUGUACAAAUGGUAACGGCAUGGGAACGCGACAGCAGAUGGUGGAACCCAGUGUCAACAUGCCCGUCAUAAAGACGGAGAAAGACACAGAUUUUAUCCAGCUGUGCACACCGGGUGUCAUCAAACAGGAGAAUGAGAGGCGGAGCUACUGUCAGAUGUCAGGAAUGGGUGGGUCUCAUUGCAGCCCCAACACGGUGGGAGAUAUGGGUGCACAGGGAUUCCACUAUGGAGCCAAUGCAGCUGUGAAUUUACCAGACCAAAAACCUGCAUUUGGCCUAUUUUCUCCCCUACCUGCCUUAAAUGAUGGCUGGGUUCGAGGAAAUGGAUACGGUGAUCCAUCUGGAAUGCAGAGAGCCAAUGAAACAUUACUUCCGUCCAGCUACUCCUACAGCAGCUCUUUGGGACGGCCUGAAGUGAGCAGUUCCAGUUCAUCAGGAUCAGUCAAGCCUAGUGGUACCACUCAUAAGGUCUGUUUGGUGUGCUCUGAUGAGGCCUCAGGAUGUCACUAUGGGGUUCUCACCUGUGGCAGCUGCAAGGUUUUCUUCAAAAGAGCUGUAGAGGGGCAACACAACUAUCUGUGUGCUGGCAGGAACGAUUGCAUCAUUGACAAGAUCAGGAGAAAGAACUGUCCGGCCUGCCGCUUCCGCAAGUGUCUUCAGGCCGGCAUGAACCUGGAAGCUCGUAAAAACAGGAAGCUGAUGCGGUUAAAGGGACCUCCGUCCUCGAGCGAGCAGGCCUCCCCUCUGCACGACGAGCAGGUGUGUUCACUUGUGCCCAAGGCCAUGCCGCAGCUGGUGCCCACCAUGCUGUCCCUGCUCAAAGCCAUCGAGCCCGAGAUCAUUUACGCAGGCUACGACAGCACCAUCCCCGACACCUCCACCCGCCUCAUGACCACACUAAACCGACUGGGCGGACGUCAGGUCGUCUCUGCCGUCAAGUGGGCCAAAGCACUUCCUGGCUUCAGAAACCUGCACCUGGAUGAUCAGAUGACUCUGCUACAGUGCUCCUGGCUCUUCCUCAUGUCUUUCGGCUUGGGUUGGAGAUCUUACCAGCAGUGUGAAGGAGAAAUGCUGUGUUUUGCUCCAGAUCUCGUCAUCAAUGAGGAAAGGAUGAAGCUGCCCUAUAUGAAUGACCAGUGUAACCAGAUGCUGACAAUCGCCAAUGAGCUGGUCAAACUGCAGGUGUCGUACGACGAGUAUCUCUGCAUGAAAGUGCUCCUGCUUUUCAGCUCAGUACCAAAGGAUGGACUCAAAAGCCAGGCAGUGUUUGAUGAAAUCCGCAUGUCAUACAUCAAGGAGUUGGGCAAAGCCAUUGUAAAACGAGAGGAGAACUCCAGUCAGAACUGGCAAAGGUUUUACCAGCUCACUAAACUCUUGGACUCCAUGCAGGAGAUGGUGGAGGGGCUCCUCAACUUCUGCUUCUACACAUUUGUGAAUAAAUCCUUGAGCGUGGAGUUCCCCGAGAUGUUGGCAGAGAUCAUCAGCCAUCAACUACCAAAAUUUAAGGACGGGAGCGUCAAGCCACUUCUGUUCCAUCAGAAAUCACUGCCUUAGAAUGUAGCAAUGAUUUAAAGCCACCCUUCCUCUACCAGCGAUUGUCCAACACACCCGUUCGCCCCCAAACCUUCAGAGGGAGGAAGACAUGUUCAACCCUUUACCUGAAUCAAUUUACAACACUUCAAGCCUUUGUGUCCACAUGGCGAAAAAUGACUUUGAGAAUGACCUUUUUAUCGAUAUUUUCUAUUUUUUUGCAUGUAAACUGCUGAAAUGUUUACAAAGGUAUAUCAAAAAAGGGAAAUUGUGCCUUUUCUGCGCUUUGCGAUGGUUUGGCGUACACGCUUUUGUGUUGAUAUCUCACAUUCGUCAUUUUUUUUUGCUCUCAUACAAAGCGAGUGUGAUGGUUCUGUAUAGUUGGCAGCAUGAGGGGCCAUUCGCACCAAACGUGCUUUUGCGCGUCCAUGUAAACACACGCUAGGUUGACAUUUGACAAUUGUGCGUCAAUUAACAAUCUCGUGCGGAAGCGCACAGCUUUUCAAAACGUGUCUCAAGACACAUGUAUUCUGUUAGUUUCAGUGCGAUGCGUCUAGAUUUCUUUUUUAACACACGUUCGGUAUGAAUGGCCCUUAACACUGCGUCCUAACCAGACGCAACAAAGUGAAAGGGGUAAAAGCUCUCCCAGCCAUGACCACGACGAGUGGCAGGACAUUUUAGCGAUUAUUCGUUUCUAUUUCUGCAACAUCGCACAUCAUGUUCUUUUUUUUUUUCCUUUUUCAACUUUAAAAUCAACAUUUCUCCCGAUUUAAUAUGCAAAGACAAUUAUAAGCCAGUCAUUGGUUGAGUCCUUUGAAAAGCAUAACACUGGCUCUGUUGUGCUUUCAAACCAUUAUUAAACAUUUGAACAUCUGUACCACCCCAGAACAGCAAAAUUGACUUCAGGGCAGGACUAUCUGUUUGAAAACAGUCAUUAUUUUUGCAGUAAAAAAAACAUUAUUUUAGUUUGUCGAUGCUAGUGUGGCAGAAAGUACAAAGUUUUAACUGAAAAUUAAAUAUAUAAUGAAUAUGAAUUAAGUGAAUUAUUAAAGAGUUUAUAUUUGUUGAUUAAUAGCUCAGGUUUUCUUAUGAACGGUCAAUAAAUGACCAUUCGUUGGCUAGUGCAUUGGAUGUAAUUCAGAAAGCUGGUGGUCAUUCCUGAAUUUAAGGGAUGAAUUCAGGGUUAAUUCAUCAGAUUUCUAUCCAUCCAUUAUGGUCAGGUGUGGAUCGGCAGCCCCGGUACAACCGCCCAGAUGAUUUGUUCAGUGUGUGUUGUGCAUUAUUUUUUAUUUUUAGUCAUUCUUUGGUUUUCAAGUUCUUGAAUACUCUUCACAAAUACUAAAUCUAGUAAUCCAAUAUGAGGAAUGCCAGUUUUUGACCCACUUUUCAAGUUUUUUGCCUUUCAAGUAUCCCAGUGGUGCCGAGCCACAUACAUACUCUUUUGUAGUAACUACCAGAACAAAAGCAACAUUUGUUUUUCUGUCUACACAGGCCUGUUUGUUCAUUGUUACAUGUUAGCUACCAUUCAUGUUUGUACCAUAGGGCUUCACAUUCACUUGCAAAACUGCACCAGUUGAGUUUCAUUCCCAGCUUAAAGGAAUAGUUCACCCAGAAUUAAUAUUCUACAUUAUUUACAUAAUUUGUAUUUCUUUCAUAAGAAUCUACUUGCAGCUCUUUUCCAUACAGCAGUUCAUAGUCGCCACGUCCGUCAAGAUUCAGAAGCGACAAAAACACCAUUAAAGCAAGUUAUACCGUGCUAUUCAUGGUGUGAAAGGACCCAAAUUUUACUACAAAUCUUCCCUCUACGGCGGCUCUCAAAUCAUGUUCUCCAUUCCGUAUAAAAAUCUGACAUGUUCCACUACAACCCAUGCAAGAACAAAUGGUGUUCGGCAUCAGUGAAGUCGAUGUGUUACAGUGCUGUCUUUCUAAACUGAACGCGUAUACAAAUGACAUUUAAGAGCUUUAGCUGAGGGGAACAUUUUACAUGAAAUAUGACUUUUAUUUUGUUCUCUUUAGAAGACUUGGAUUUAGUGCCCUAUGGUGGGUUUAUAGUCCUUUUUGGAGCGUCACUAUGAACUGUAAUGUGGAAAGGAGCUUGUAAAGAUUCUUAAACAAAUCCCCUUUUGUAUAUCAUGGAGUAAAACAACAGCCUACAGGUUUGGAAUGAUGUGGGCCAAUACAUAAUGAAAUCAUUUUCUUUUAUGGGUAAAGCACUCAUUCAUUAGGUUCACCUAUUAUCCCAGACAUCUUGUGAUUUGCCGAAAUGAAGACAUCCCAAAUGGAAUGCGUAUUGUCCCACAUUUACUGCUUCAAUAUGGGACAUUUUGCCAUCCAACCCAGGGACAAUGCUCAAGACGAACACCCUGGCAUCUGGCCAGUAUUAGACGGAACAUCCCGUAUUUUGGCCAAAAUGAAGACGACCAGUACAGGAUGGGUAUUGUCCCGCAUUUAAGAGGUGAAACAUUCACGGGGGGCCUUGGCCUGGUUGAGAGGUGAACCACUACAGGGGAAUCCCUCUGGUCAGACAUUGAAAUGUCUCGUAAUGAAGCAGCAAAUGGAAAAUGCUCAAGGGGGAACACCUCAUGGGUGGACAGUUAACCCUAUCCCUCACUAGGGUUGCCAUCUGUUCAGUAUUAGCUGGGACGUCCCGUAUUUUGGCCUAGAUGAAGACGACCAGUAUGGGGGGGCCUUGGCGAACCAAUACAGGGGAAUCCCUCUGGUCAGACAUUGAAAUGUCUCGUAAUGAAGCAGCAAAAGGAAAAUGCUCAAGGGGAACACCUCGUUGGUGGACGGUUAAUCCUAUCCCUCACUAGGGUUGCCAUCUGUUCAGUAUUAGCCGGGAUGUCCUGUAUUUUACCUUAGAUGAAGAUGACCAGUACAGGUGAACUGGUGAAACAUUCACGUGGGGCCUUAGCCCAUUCGGGCUGAAACACUACAGGGGAAUUCCUCUGGUCGGACAUUGAAACAUCUGGUAAUGAAGCAGCAAAUGGAAAAUUCUCAAAGGGGAGCACCUUGUGGGUGGACGGCUAAUCGUUCAUUGUGGUGGGAAGGCAAAACGUCCUGCAUUGAAGCACUCAAAAUGCUCAACCACAUUACCUCAGCGAACACUCGCUGACCUUCAAAUCUGAGUUUCAUUCUUAUUUUGGGAUAUUAUUACACUAGUUCCUUUAAAGCACUCACUCAUUAGGCCGAAAUAAAGAUGUCCUGUAUGGGAUUGGUGUUGUCCUGCAUUCAAGUGGUGAAACGUUCUAUUAUUGCAGGCAUUUUACAAAGCUUCUUGCAUAUUUUGAGGUACGAUUCGUGGCUCUUAUGUGCUUAGGACAAUAGAACAUUAAAACACUUAUAACCAUAACAAUAUUAUUUAGAAAAAUACAACUGCUUUUGGUUAUUUGACUAGAUUCAGAUGUGCACUUUGGCAUCCUAACAUUUGAGUGCCAGUAAAAACUCAUGUGAGCAUUGGGUUUCUCAUGCUCCAGUUAAUAUUGUAAGACCCGGCCAAGGUUAGUUCCCAGUUUCACUGUUGGUUGUCAUCACCUGGUGUCUCACCGUGGUCUGCAUGUAUUACCCAUUGUGCUGUAAUACAAUACUCUGUUGAAAAGGCGAGUGCUGUCAGCUUUUACAUUUCUUGUGACCGAGCACAUUGUUUGUUUAAUGCUCAUUUCCAAUUGCUUCAUUUAUUUAACAUGAAAUUGAAAUAUAAACAGUACAUAUCCCAUUCCCUCCCAGCGGAUCGCUCAAAUAUUUCAGUGUAUUUUACGAGACUAUUUUUGCAAGGAAAAAUUGCUCGUUUGGUUUGUGAGAUAUUUCUCGUUUUUUAUCGUUUCACAGUAGGCCUUGCAAAGGGAGACCGUGAGCCAUAAAAUGUGUUUUGUGUAAAUUUAGGAGAACACUGAAAUGUCAAGAAAAUAUUUUUUACUUUUUCAUUUUGGAAAUCAUUGAUUAUUUUUAAUCUAAACUAAAAUGUAAUUACGCAAAUUCUCUUUGAUAUAUAAAAAAAAAUAAAAAAAUGUAAAACAUAAAAAUACAUAAAACAUAAAGUUUUAUUGUUAGCUUUUUUUUUUGUCAAGAAAUGUAUUUCAAAUGCAUUUUUGAAGAAAAAAGUGUUGUAUGUAAAUGUAAAUUCUAUAUAAAUUGAUAGGUAAAUAUGAGUAAUCUCUGUUUUAAAGAAUGACAGUUUGAAGUUAUAAGCGUGCGUGCGUGUGUGUGUGGGGGGGGGAGGGGGGGAGGGGGUCGAGUAAAUUUUGUAUAGUGCAACAGAGUGACCAAAGCAAUGCAGAUUUAAAAAAAAAAAAAAGUAUUUAAAGAAGUUACAUUUUACAGUAGCACUUACUACUCAACUCUAGUACUUUAUUUUAUCCAUUUACAUUUUUCUUUUAUAAAGAUUUAGGCUUUGGUCGCAUGUAUAAUGCUGUAUAAUUAACUAGCCUUUACAAAAACAGAUAGUGUAAAAAAAUUUAAAACAGCUGUGUGUAUACGUAAUGUAUCAAAACCUGAGAUUUUGCACUACUCUAAUACUGGCCUAACAUAGUCUAUUUUGUACAAAAACAUUAAUGCAAAUACUAUCUAUAAAGAUUAAGGGCAAAUCAUAUUUCACUGGUAUAUGUCUUUCAUUAAAGUCUUUUUGUUUGUUUGUUUGUUUGUUUGUUUGUUUGUUUACAUUUUAGUUAUAUGUAAAGUAAUCCAAUGUAUAAAGGGUAUACAAUGUCUAUUUGUUGAAAAAUUGGAUUUGUAUGACUUCUGUAUUACACCUCUCCUGUAGUCAAUGUUGAUCUUUACACCUAUUUGAUUAAAUGUUGGUCAAAAGUUGUUUGGAGGGGUA